ACUGAUGGCUGAAAAAUGCCCAAUGAGAGGAAGCUGUGAAGCCACAUUUAACAGAAAUAACUUUUUUUUUAACCUCCCCUAGACCCAUCAUGCUGUGUGUGUAUGUGUGUGUGUCUGUGUCUGUGUGUCUGUGGAGGCAGGUGAGAUUAAUGCAGGAUACAACCUACUCUGUUAAGCAACUGUUUCCAACACUCAGACAGAAUUUUAUCACCAAUGGCAAACCAGGUCACACACACAGAUGUAAAGAUUUUACCCAGGGAAAGAGCAUGUAUUGCUCCUCCGACUUCGAAUCCAGAGAUCACAUAUGCUGAACUGCGUGUGCAUCGUAAAUCUGAAAGGACCAGCAGAUCAGAGACUUCCCCUUCUGGUCCUGGCUCCCAGUGUUCAAGCUGGUUCUAUGUUGCUGUAGUCCUGGGGCUUAUCACACUGGUUUUCAUGGCUGUUCUAAUCUCUAUUUUCUGGAGGGGAAAUAGUAAGAGUCCGUCCAUGCUCAGGACAACCUGCACUGAAAACACUACAUCUUCAGGGGAAUCUCCAUGCACAGGGAGAUGCUCGAUGACAAUCAGUGGAUUAAUGGACUACCUGUGUGACAAAAGAGAGGGAAGAACCGAGUGUCUGCUCUGCCCCCCAGGGUGGAUGCUGCACAGGGGGAGCUGUUACUAUUUCUCAGAGCAGUUGGGGACCUGGGAUGCUAGUAUGCGAAAUUGUUCAGGCAGGAAAUCCCAGCUGCUUGUUGUUGAAGAUGAGGCUGAGAUGGAAUUUAUAGCAACCAGAACAGAAACGAAAUAUUUCUGGAUUGGAUUAAACUUUCAAGAGAAAGAGGGAAGAUGGAUGUGGCUGGGUGACUCCCAGUUAGAAGGGAACAGGCUGAGCUUGGUGGUGGAAAACGGAACUGGAGAUGGCAAGAACUGUUUUGUUUUCAACAAGGAGAAGUUAUACGCUGAGAGCUGCCCGAGUUUAAACAGAUGGAUCUGCAAGAAAAAUGCAUUCACGCUGGCUCCCUGGAACACCCCAGAACAUUAGACACCGUCCCUUGUAGAAUGAUGCAUUUUCUUGUACUUUGAUAUUUUAAUGUAAAUAAUCAUAAGAGCAUUGCACAAAAACCAUAGCAUUCGGCAAUCCUGUGUCGAUUGACCACUGGCUGCAUUAGGGAUAGGUUUGUAUUGUAACCCCCUGUAGCUCCUGGAGGCCAAGGCUAGAGAAUGUUUAGCUAAACAGAUUAUAAUAAUUGAUGCACGAUAAAUAAGCCAAUAGCACAUUCGAUCCAGGGCCGGGCCUUUACCCUUCAGCUUGAGCAAGCUCAUCCCAUUUUAUUCACCUCUUCAGAUUCCAAACGCUUUUCGUUUUAGGCCAAUCCCUUUCUCUUAAGAUUUAGUGCCAAAUGACAUCUGCAUAAAUAUGGAAAUGCCUGUGACUAUCUGCUCUGUAUUAAGAAAUGACUCAAACACCUCUUUUCUUGCUUACUUUCAACUUUUGUAUUAUUAAGAUUUUCAAGUAGAAACUCUUAUGCAAUGGAAGGUUCUUUCCUGCUCCUUGGUGCAGCUGCAUUAGCAGGAACCAUUUCGGUUCCUCUGACCAGCCGUGCCCAAAGAUGACUUAUGUGUACAUUCUGAGUAAAUGUUACUAUUAAUUAACUGGACAGGAAAAAUACUCUAACACCUGGAGAACUAAGGCACUUUGGCCCAGAUCAUAGAAUCAUAGAAGUGAACGACUGUCCCUGUACUCCUGUCCCUUGUACUCAAGGCAGGACUCAGGAAUAACUAGACGGGGGGUUGGCAAAUGGGAGCUCCGGGAAGCGAACCGCAGCCACUGGGAGCUGUGAGAGGCUGUGCCCGCGGAUGGUCAACAUAAACAAAAUGUCUCGUGGCCUGCCAGCAAAUUACCCUGAUGGGCCAUGUGCCGAAGGUUGCCGACCCCUGAACUAGACCACUCCUGACAGGUGUUUGUUUAACCUGUUCUUGAAAACCUCCAGUAAUAGAGAUUCCAUAACCUCCUUAGGUAAACUAUUCCCGUGCUUAGCUACCCUGACAGGAAGUUAGUUUUUCCUCAUGUCCAUCCUAAAUCGCCCUUGCUGUAAUUUAAGCCCAUUGCUUCUUGUCCUAUCCUCAGAGGUUAAGGAGAACAAUUUUUCACUCUCCUCCUUAUA